GCAAUAUGUAAACACUUCCGCUUUGAAAAUCCUACAAUAUUUUUGUUUUAUUUUUUGAAAUAUCUCAAAUGCUGAGCAAUUGAUAGAGAUAUCCCUUAAAAUGGAAUGUCUCAUUUAUUCAAAGAACUAUUCCAAUGAGCUACUUGCAGCUCUUAACCAAUUGCGACAGGAGAAGGUUCUCUGUGACGUUACAUUAAUCAGUGAAGAUCAGCAUACAUUCCAUGUGCACGGGUGCAUUCUAUCUGCUAAUAGUCCAUUUUUCUGGAACUACCUCAAAGAACAAGGAUCAUCUCAUAUCGAGUUAUCAAACUUGAAUAGCAAAGAACUAGAAUUAUUUUUAACAGUGCUUUACAGUGGUGUUCUUGAUGUAAAAGAAUGUGAUAAAACUGAAGCAUAUGUUACCCACCUAAAAGCACUUGCAAUUGCACUGGAGCUCAAACCUGUCAUUGAACUUUGUGAGGAAUAUAUACAGUCCAUCAAAGCUAAGACAACUGCUAAUGAUACCUUUGUAGGUAUUAACUCACAAUAUGCUAAAAUCAAUUAUCAAAUAACUCCUAGCUCUGAUAAUAACAAAGAUGACUCUCAAACAAAUGACAUUACUGAAACAAACAAAAUACAAAGCUCUAUCAAAGGAAAGGGAAAACGUGGAAGGCCUAGAAAAGUGAAAAGUAGCGAGGCUGAUUAUUUGCCAUCAAAUCAACCUAAGAAAAUGGUUGAUGAGGCUGAAAUACCCCAAGAGUCAUCCACAACUAACACUGGGAGACCAAAGAGAAAGGCAACUCUCAAAAGAUACUCUAGAUUUGAAGAUAAUGCCAAUGAAGAUGAUGAGGCUAUUGAGAAUCCUGGUGUUGCUUCUUCUAAGCUAUCUGAUAAUGCCCUUCCUAUCAAGAAACGAAAAGAACGAAUGGUGUCUUGCCACAAUGACGCAGCUUUUAUGGCGAUAAGUGAAACUGGAGAAUCAGUCACAGACUCAUUUAACAUGGUACUCACAAAACUUCUUGCACUGGAAAAUGAUAAACAAGAUGUUGUUCAGGAUGAUAACAUUUAUGAUGACACGGAUGCUAACCCUUUGCUGAAAUUAAAUGUUCAGAAAACAUUUGAAGAGGUGAAACAACGUUUGGAAAAAAAGAAAAAAGAAAAUGCAUCCAAGAAACGAGCUGUCAAACCUCUUUCAAAGCGUGAGGCAAAUGAUGAACAAUUAAAAGACUGGAAAUCCUGUACAUACUGCUCAAAAUUUAAAGGGAAAAAGCGAGGUCGUUUUGAGUUUCAUACUCUCUACUGCCACUCGACUCAUAAAUGUACUCACUGCUUCAAACCAUUCUUGAAUGAGGCUGAUCUCAAUUCCCAUCAAUGUUCUAAGAUGGUUCAACAUAUGUGUGAUAUAUGUGGCAAGACUGUUGGCAACAAACAAUCACUUCAGCUACAUAAAGAAGUCCACAAGGGAAUAAAAAAGAAAAUGUGUCCACAUUGUGGAAAGUAUUUCGCGCGGGCAUGCCAGUUAAAACAGCAUGUUGUGCAUAGACAUAGCAGCGAUCGUCCUUUCCAUUGUAAAUUCUGUGACGCAAAAUUUCCUUUGAAAUAUGAACUCAAUCGCCACAUGCAGCGACACACCGACACGCCACAAUUUCUCUGUCCAACAUGUGGCAGCAAAUUUUUUGAAAAAGUAAAACUGAAUAACCAUGUGAAAUAUUGCCAGGAUGACAGUGAAAACAACAUGAAGUCCACUGUUGAAUUACCUCAACGCUAUGAGAUACAGUUCACUAAUGAUGGUACCCUAACGGCAGUAGAAACUGAUCUUGCGUGUGAUCGUGAUUAUUCCUUCCUACAACGCCCAUUAGAGAUUCAAAUCGUUGAUCCAGAGGGUAUUGAAAAAGAUAUGGAUGAUCUACCAUGUGUUGAACAAUUACACAAUCAGAUCCAGCAAGUCAUGCAACAGAAUGCACUUGAGGAACUCUCUGAGCCCAUAGAGAACACUGUAGAAGUAGUCUCAGCAGUAGAGAAUAUUAUACACAAUGCUGCCUUACAUGAAGGCCAAACAGUGGGCCAAGUGAAAUCAGACGAGGAAUAUGCUCUACCUAAUUAUAUGUAUGCUGUCUAUCAGCAGUAGCUCAAUUGGAGUGAUAUAGAGUGGACGUUUACAAUUUAUGUGUGUUUUAUACGAUAUAAUUUUACAAAUAUGAUACUAUAAAAUUGAGUUAUAGAGCACAUCAGGAUUCAUUAAAUGUAAGACUGUAAAUAGAGGGGAUAACAAAACUCAAAAGAUCCAGGAUUUCUCAUCAAAAACUCAUUAGUAAGACAAGUUGCAUUAUAUACUGCUUUAAACAUGAGGCUAAAUGUGACAUGUUCAGGUUAGCACAUUUUAAUGAUGGGUUGACCUGAUUAAAUCAUUUUCACACAAUGCAAAAUUUUUUGAACAAUUUUAUUAAAAGCAGUUAUUUAUGUCUGGGUCUUUCUCAUU